AUGGCGGGAACACUCCAAUCCCUAAGUCUCCGCCAUCCAGUCGCCGGUGCUCCGCCGUUCCGUCUACUUAAUCCAACAUUUCCGGCGACUGCGUUCCCUUUUUCGGGCCACAAGGCCCGUAAUUCAUGUUUUAUUUGGAAACGCAGCUCCAUUUCAACAAUUCCAAUUAUCAAAGCCAGUUCACAAUCCCAUCAGGGAAGUGGCGAUGAUAAAAGUGAAUUCCCAUCAGUUUUGAGUUCCGGAAAAGCUUCAAAUUGGACAAAACCAUUGGUGAAUUUUGCAUCUAAUAACUUUCUCCCAUUAGCUCUUGUCUGUGGAGUAGUAUUUGGACUUUCGAAUCCUGGUCUUGGUUGUCUUGCUGACAGAUAUGGCUUGUCUAAAUUUAGCACUUUUGGAAUAUUUAUCAUUUCAGGAUUGACCUUGCGCAGUGAUGAAGUUGGUGCUGCUGCAGAAGCAUGGCCAGUUGGACUUUUUGGGCUUGGUUCAAUUUUAAUAUUCACCCCCUUAUUUUCAAAGAUUAUUUUGCUACUUAAGCUCCAGCCGCAAGAAUUUGUCACAGGACUUGCCAUAUUUAGUUGUAUGCCGACAACAUUAUCUAGUGGAGUGGCACUAACUCGGCUAGCUGGAGGGAACUCUGCCCUUGCCCUAGCAAUGACCCUGAUAUCCAAUUUGUUGGGAAUUCUAAUUAUACCUUUCUCCAUCUCAAAAUUCAUAGCUGCUGGAGUUGGUGUAUCAGUUCCAACUGAGCAGUUGUUCAGAAGCCUUGUUCUUACACUUUUGGUUCCACUUAUCUUGGGGAAGGUUGCACGAGAACUCUCUAAAGGGUUGGCAGACUUUGCAGAUAGAAAUCGUAAGCUUUUGGCUGUGCUCAGUGCAAUCCUCCUGGGUUUGGUCCCAUGGAUGCAAGUCAGUAGAUCAAGGUCACUGCUCUUAAUGGUUAAGCCAGCAAUUUUUCUUGCAGCUGUUGGAAUGGGAGCGCUUCUACAUGCUAUCCUUUUAGCUUUUAAUGCUCUGGCGAUUCCAACGCUUAUGAUCGUUACUGGUGGUAGGAAAUCCACUUUUGCAAAGAGAGAAAAUGUCAGUGCUCUUCUACUAGUUGCAAGCCAGAAAACGUUGCCCGUGAUGGUCGCUGUAGUUGAGCAGCUUGGUGGUGCUUUUGGUGAAUCUGGUUUGUUGGUUCUUCCAUGUGUAGCGGCCCAUUUGAACCAGAUUAUCAUGGACUCCUUUUUAGUGAGUUUUUGGAAUCAAAAGGAGCGUGCAUUUGACAAUACCAAGAUAGCGUGA